AUGCGACUUCUUUUAGUUAUCUUUCUAUCCCUCGUGACUCCAUUGGUGGUGGCAAAGGACUGUUUGAUUGAAUUUGGCCGGAGCAGGGAUAGGGAAGACAUAAGCUACUGCCUCGCCGAUCCAAAUGACAAGAAUUGCCUCGAACUUGCAGCGGACUUCGACGACCAACCUGAAUACGAGACUGGGCGAGCAGGUGGCAGAGCAAUUCUCGUGGUUUCCUUCAAGCCCAACGACGAGCUUACAGCAACUUGCUCCAAAUAUGACGGCAAAUUGAUAAGCGAAAGGGAGGCGGAACAACUCAUUGAGAAGUGGGAAACAACUCCCUUGGCAUUGGAGGACUUUUAA